UUUUUUAUAAAACCAAAAUAUGGAUGAAGAAGAAAUUUCAGAAAGAUUUGAUUUUGAUCAAACCGAUUAUGAAUUUGCUACUGGAGCAAGACGUUUUAAAAGGCAAACGGAGGAGGAAAGAAUUUAUGGAAUUUGGGCCAGAGAUGAAGAUAGUGACGACGAUGCUAGACCCUCAUUUAGUUCGGGAAAGAAGAGGAAGGACGGACCUGUUAAAUUUGUGUCUGUUGGUGUUGAGAAGACAUCAAAGGAGUCUACAUCAACCGAAGCUGAUGAAAUCACAAUAGAAGCACGUCCAGAAAAACGUUCAAAACCUUCGCCUUUUGAUCAAAGAUCAACUAGUUCCGUUGGAAGUGAAGUCUUUGCCGGUUUUAGAAAUGCUGCUUUUCAAUUUGCUAGUGCAUCCGGAGCAGAUGCUGGAUGGUUAAAGUCUGGAAAAGGAAAUGUUGUUAUGCAAAUGAUGCAGAAAAUGGGUUAUGAACAAGGAAAGGGCCUUGGAAAGAGCAAACAAGGAAUUGUUGAACCAGUCCAGGCUGUUCAAAGGCCUGGACGUGGGGCAGUUGGUGCUUAUGGAAGUGAAGCUAAAGGGCCUAGAUUUGGAGAAUCAGCAGCUGAAGCCCAGAAUCGGAUUAACCAAAGUGGAAGUUUAAAUAAUCUUUCUGAAGCAGAGACAGCACAAUUUCCUGCGAGAGGAACAUGGCGCAAAAGCAAUGCGGGAAAAGUUCGAAUUCAAUACAAAACAUUAAAUGACGUUAUAAGUGAAGGAGAAAAUCAAAGAUUUGGUGAUAAUGGAUUUGGUGCAGUUAAUGCUGUUGGAAAGAUUAUUGACAUGACAGGUCCUGAACAGCGAAUUUACGAGGAUUUUAAUUCCUUUUCCAGAAGAGCCAGGUUUAUUCAUUAA